ACAGGAGAAACCAUGAAAUGCAGCCUUGUCCUGCACGCUGAUACCCGGGGGCGGCCGUACCGAGCUGAAGACUUCGUGGGGCCUCUGAAGCAGGUGGGAGUUCGGGAGGACGUAGCAGGACUUGGCGCGUUUCAAAUGGGGCACGUCUGGCUGCUGAAGCUGCACACCACCUCCGCCAAAGAGACGCUUCUGCGAGAGGGGACCAUGCUGGUGAAGGGGCGACCAUGCCUGGUAAUUGAUCCAGAAAAACGAGUGCUGAAGGUAAAAGUCGACUGGGUGGCAUUCGACGUAUCUGCAGACGCCCUUCGACGGGCCUUCGAGCUUUACGGGGAGGUGAAGGGUCUCACCCGCGAGAAGUGGAGCAUCGAGGGCCUGGCAGACGUGGAUACUACUACCGUCAUCAUCCGCAUGGUGCUCUGUGAAGACAUAACACCGGAGUCCCUGCCGCAGCAGCUCCGCAUCUACGGAGGCCCGCUCCUGGUUGUCGUCCCCGGACGGGCACCGGUGUGCCUCCGCUGUCGACGCACGGGACAUAUACGGCGGGACUGUAGAGUGCCGAGGUGUGAGGAGUGUCGAGCCUUCGGGGAUGAGGCCUCGGAUUGCGUACGGUCGUACGCUCGAGCUGCUGCCAGUAAGACCACCGACAGCCAGGACAGAAACCUCGUAAUGGACGAGGAAGAGGCCGAGGCGGCGGCGACUCCA